CACGGUAGUCAUGGCGUCCCCUUCUCCACUCCAGGACUGUGGGCUGGAUCUGCAGACGGUCAAACUGGUGAUCACAUGCCUCUACUUUGUGUUGUUCAUCCCCGCUCUCCUGCUGAAUGUCACGGCUGCUUGGAUCUCCUGGAAGCUGAAGCCCAAAUCUGCGUUUGUCGUCUACCUGAAGAGCCUCGUGGCGGCUGACCUUCUGAUGACCUUGAUCAUCCCGCUGAAGGCCGGUAGCGAGAUGCCCGGGGCCCCUCAAGGCCUGCGAGCCUUUGCCUGCCAGUUCAUCAGCGUGUUGUUCUACCUCUGCAUGUACAUGAGCAUGAUACUGAUGGGGCUCAUCAGCCUCGACCGCUUCUUCAAGAUCGUGCAGCCGUGCGGGAGAAGGUUCGGCCACCAUCCCCUGUUGGGCAAGGUGGUGGUCAUCAUUAUGUGGACUCUCUAUCUCAGUGUGAACACCAUACCCACUAUGGUCCUCACAAGCGGAAAGCCCAAAAACAACACUGCAGAGCUGUGCAUGGCCAUGAAGAGUGACCUGGGGAAGAAAUACCAUCAUGUCCUAGUUAUUGAAAACAUUGGGAUUUUUUUCGUCAUAUUGGUCGUUAUUGGAUUCUGCUACACAUGCAUCGCAAAAAAGGUCAUCGAGUCGUACCGAAACUCUGGGAGCACAAACGAGGCGGGGAAACGAAAGAUCAAAGCUCGAGUGUUUAUCGUCCUGGCGGUGUUCCUGGUCUGCUUCGCCCCUUACCACAUCACACGUUUCCCUUACGUCCACCGACAGGUGGAGAACAAGAUUAACUGCCACUGGGCUUCACUGAAGGUGGCUAAGAGCAUAACUCUGUGGCUCUCCUCGACUAACGUCUGCCUGGACCCCGUUAUCUACAUAUUACUCUGCAAAGCGUUUCGUGAGAAGUUGUAUGAGCUCUGGAUAUUUGGGCGCUGGACCAGAGCAGCCCAGGAGAACACCGAGGACGCUUCAGUCUGA